AUUAAUCGCGAGUUCUUUAAAUCAGUUUAAUAUCUCAAUGACCAUGUGACAGAGUAACUAUCUGGCAAACAAUGCCAUAUGGGUUUAGUUUAAUUUAAUAAGUUUUUUUUCUUAUUAAAACCACGAAUUCUUGGAAUUUACAUUUCUGCAAGUUUGGUAAAUAUUCUAUUCUUUAUUUUCUAAAUGGCAUUUUAAUUUGUGCUGGCAAUUUAUUAAAAAUAUUUUAUCAUUCCUUUAAACUUACAAUACAGUUAAUUACAUGCAUUAUUUGUGGGCUGCAUUAAAAAACACUUUUAUUUAAACAAGUGACGACAGAAAUAUAAAUAAAGGUAUUAACUGACCAAUACCUUUAUUUUUCAAAGCAUUAUUUAUUUAGAGUAAGUCUUAAAACUGAAGGUCCCGUUUUCCGUCACAGUAAAAUGUAAUGGGGAUUUUGUAUUAUGCUGCUCCAGAAUUGACCGUAAUGUAUAGCAGAACCAUUUUAAAUAUUUAAUCAUCUCAAAUCGCUAUAUAUGCCGCGUGCAAUAAUUCGCCCUGGCUAUGCCCUCGCGAAAUUAUUCCACAGGCUUCACUAAAAAACAAUGAAAUGCGUGUUUUCAAACUUAUUUUGUUACAAAACAUUUAGUGUUUUGAUAACCUAAAUGACUGCCGCAAGUCGGUGGAUCUGCCGGGUGCAUCGUCGUGCCUAAAUUAAUGCCAGAGGGGCUAACUUGGGCAUUUCUCCGCUUAUCAAAGCUGGGAAGUCGCCAUAUAAACUUGACCUGUCAGUUUAACUUCAUGAUACCUAACAACAAGAACAAAUUAAUAGUAGAUCAUCUAGAAUGACCAUGCCGAACACCUGGUUGUUUAGAUGUUUUUUAUCAUACAUCCGUAAAAAUGAAAUACACUCAUCAAGUCUAUAAGAAGCUUCUAAUGCCUUUUAUAUUUUAUUCCCAGGUAUUAAGACGUUAAAAAGUCAUGAGCAUCGAAGAUGACCUCGCAAGAAAUUUCGGUUUUGACAUCACGAUGUCAGACGGAAGCAUGGGCCUCCCGAGCGCCGUGCACAAAGAAUAUAUGGAACGGUGUCACUUCCUGUAUAAAGAAUUUAUUACAAACAUGGGUGUUCACAUGAAAACAGAGAAAUUGCUAAGAAAAGAACUCAGAGCAUUACACAAAGAAAAAAUACAACAUCUUCGGUUUUCUUUGUAUCGGUCGGCUACUAGCGACCCUUUUGCACGGCCUGAAGUUCAUUCUUCUUCAUCUAUGCUGCUGGACUCCCGGAACAACACCCCAUGGGGUUUGAACACAGUUUCCGACAAAGACGAUUCGGUUUUUAGACCCCAAACUGCACCCGUUGGAAAUAAUCGUAAGUUAGACAUGAUUUCGGAGAGACCAAAGACGGCGGAAGUAGGAACACAUCAGGUAAUAGAUGAAGAUGAUGACAAAAGUGAUUCCGAUUUGUCCGAAAUAAGCCAGGUUUCUAAAACAACUGUUGUUGGAGUUAUGGAUAGAAAGACGGAGCUUAGUUCUUCAAGAAAAAUAACAGUCGGGAAGGCGUCUUUUAAUAAAAUAUCACAUGGUAAAGUAAGGGCAAAACUAAAGCACAAAGAUGGACGUUUCAUAGUUAAACCGGUAAGGACUGAUUUUGAGGACAUACCUGACCAAGACACACUGGCCUUCGAUCCAUCAUUGUCAAAAAAGCAGUACGAUCCGGUACAUGAGAGACUUGCUCUUGUUCGCAAAAUAACAGAUUUUAGGACACCGACCAUUUCGUCUGAUAUGAAAAUUAACAACCGAGUACCGAUACAAAAGAGUUUGAGAGGUAUAAAUGCAAAGCGAACAACUGUAUCGGAAAUUUAUCAAAAUGCAAGGGAAAGAAAAGCGCGGCAUUUCCGUAUUGUGUCCGUUGUGCCGAGGUCAAAGAGUGCGAUGGGCGCGAAAGAGAAUUCAGCAUUACUUGCAAAACAAUUCAUAACAAAUCUAAGAAGUAAGACGGCACUUCAGGGUAGAGACUUAAACUCACAGUCACCGAGUGCGUAUGGUGGAAGUAGAGAUGGUACGCCCCUUUUUCGGCAAAGGAUGCAUUCACAAAAAGAUGAAAUCGACAGUGUUGCUUCGGUAAACCAAGCCAGGCCGAGGUCAAUUUUGCUUUCGAACAGCAGCGGCGGUAAAAGUCCUAAUGACAGUUGUAAUGCAAAAGAAAUGGCCUUUAAUGCCUUUCUUGGAAUUCCGAGGCCCCAAUCAAAAGUAGCAUUUGCUAGGUCAGAUUCUCAAGCGUCUGGUAGCGUGUACUUACAACCGAAUAACGAAAAUGUGGACCUAUCUGCGAGUUUUGCCAGCAGUACCGGAACAGGAAGGCAAUUCGGGGAUAAAUUAAAUAUUUCUAUAAACAGUGGGAACAGACAGCGGUCGGUAAGUGGAACUUCGGACAUUACAGCUAUUUCCGCUUCAGCCGAAAACCAGACUAUUUCCGCUUCAGCCGAAAACCAGGCGAUUUUUGACAAUCUAAUGUCGCCGUCUGGUACUGAGGUUUCACCGCGUCCUCGCAUUGGCCUCUCUGCGUCUGAUCUUAAAGCACGUGGACUUGUCAGAGCUGAAAGCAGACAGUCAUUAUCGUCUGCUGCAACUUCAAACUCGUUUCUUGAGAAACUUCAAAAGGCGACCCAUCAAAAAGGAAAGCAAGGAGGUCCACCGGUUCAAAAGCUCGCUUUUCAGGCACCAGUUAAGAUGGAGUCGAGAAAAGAUACGGUAGAUAUUGUCCGGCAACAACUUCGCCAAGAUAAACAGCUCGACGAGCGGAUGACAGUCUGGCGUCGACGAAUGGCUGUAAAAUCUUCAGUAAUGUCUCACAGAAAUAUGGGUGGGAGACUGAAAAUGAAAUAG